AUGGUGAUGACGUGGCUAUGGUUAGCUGUGUUCCUUACGAUCACCUGGAACACUGCACAGGCUGACAAACAGAAGAAUACUGUUUUCCAAGCAAACUAUGAAGAUCUUAUCACGGGUUGUUGGGAAGGAAGCUUUGUAUUAAACGAGUGCGAAGAACGAUGUGAAUGUCGAAAUGGGGAGCUUGUCAACUGUUACCGUGUGAGGAAGGAUUUCAUCAAAAUGGACAUCCAUGAAAGGCGCCGUUUUCUCGACGCCUACAAGAUCGUUUCCAUGUAUCCUAGUUUCAGAAAAGACUACAAAAGAGUAGUCGCUUAUCAUAUUGCAUACACCCCCACCGAAUUACUUCACGAAGGCCCAUGGAUAUUCCUACCCUGGCAUCGAUGGUGGCUGGUUGAGUUUGAAAAUCUUCUCCGUCGCGUUGACUGCCGCGUAACCAUUCCUUACUGGAACUGGAGUCGAGUCGCCAACCACUGGUGGAGAGGCAUUGGUAAAGAGGACUUCUGGAGCCCAGGGGUGCACGGGCUGGGUGGCGAUGGUAAAACUCCAAGUCUGUGUGUUGUCAAUGGACCCUUUCGCGAGGACAAAUGGAGCUUGCUGACAAUUGGAGGAGGAGGAUGUUUAAAGAGGAAUUUCAGCUACGUUCACCUCACUGGAGAUGAAGAACAUGUCAGGAACACUUUGGCUCUACCUCUGGAAGAGUUUCUCCAAUUUGAAUAUAUAUUGCGAGAAGUUUACCAUAACGAAAUACAUUGGUAUGUCGGCGGAACCAUGUACACUACUGAAGCCGCAAACGCUCCUGAAGUAGUCCCUCAUCAUUCCUUCCUGGACAAAAUUUGGCGCGAGUGGCAGAAGAAAGGCGAACAAUACAAAAAUGUAUUUUUUUACGACGUUCCGUGGAAGUUCCCAAACUCAAACUACCACGGCUGGCAAUGGCUUGACUCCGAUAACCUUCCUGAUCAAGUGAAAGUUACGUACGAAAAUUAA